AUGAAUCGCCUCUGCCACAGCUCCUACGGCAGUCUAGAGGUUGUCCUCAGCAUCACCGGCUGGAAAAAGAAGCCCGAGCGCCAGCUGCUCCACUUCUGCUCUGUCCAUUCCGGUGGUUCCAUGGUCCAGGACUUCAUCAAAAGAUUUUUGUAUCAAGACCACGGCGACUACGAAGUGCUUGCUCUCGAGGAUGGUGGCUUGAUCAAGCAUUACACCAAGGACAACACGAUCCCGAUCGGUAGUGGGAAGUACGCCUGGAAGCUUGCGGCGGUCGUGAACGACCACCCAGAUAAGCACUACGGAGGCGUCGUCGCUUGUGAUGCGGCGCCGCUGGUCCAAAGCAGGCGGCCGCCUGGCAGUCAGUCUGCCGCGUCGACAUUGGAGACUGCAAUCCUUAGAACGAAUGGUGACGUCCUGCACUAUCGGUGUCCCGUACAUGAGAGUGAUAGAGCCAACGAGCCGCGCAGAUGGGAACUCGCAGACAGGAUCACCAAGGGAGCCACCGGACCGGCCUGCAUGUACUCCGACAGCGAAGGUGUCCUCAAGGCACUGGUGCCUCUGGACGAUGGGAUUGGCGAGUUCUACUUCUUCCACAGCGCAUGGGACCGCUGCGGUCAAAUCCCUCGGGCUUACGGCCCAGCGUGCGUCUAUCGUCCUCGCAUUCCGGACCACGAUUUCGUAUACGCGAUUGCGAGACGAGCCGACCAGCUCUCUGUUUCGAAAGAGGCGAAUGAUUCCUUAGACAAGCUGCCGUGGACAGCAGGCACCGAAGUGUUGCAAGAAGCUCUGGCGCGACUGCCCAAGUCCCCCUACCACAAAGCCCACCAGGGCAACCCAACUUCGAUGGUGUCACUAGAACCGGGGGUUCUUGGACAUUCCCCUGACGUUGAAGCUGUUGCGAUUCAGCCUUGCGGAAGUGGAUGGUGCUGCAUUGGACUCGUCUGA